AUGAAGGACCUUACUCUGUUGGCACUGUUCACGGCGGCGUCAGUAGCUCGCGCCUAUGUGCCCGUCGAGACUGAUUAUCACGAGGAAGUGGGCAUUCCCUUGGCGAUGGCUAUCAAGUGUACUGAAGAGGGAGUUGACUUCGACGGUGCAAGAAUUGUAGGGGGCAGCGUCGCCGGAGUCGGCACCCACCCACACCUUGCCGGUAUGCUUAUAACCCUGACCGACGGGCGCACCUCCAUCUGCUGCGCCUCCCUGCUGAGCCCUACUCGCUCGGUGACCGCGGCGCACUGCUGGAGGACCAUGACGCUGCAGGGCCGGCAGCUGACGCUCGCGUUCGGCACCACGGAGCUGUUCUUCGGCGGUUUCAGAGUCACCACUAACAACGUACAGGUCCACCCCAACUUCGUCCCCAGAAAUCUUCGAAACGACGUGGCGAUGAUCAUUCACGGCCGGGUCACAUACACUAAUGUUAUUCAACCUAUUUUUCUACCUUCUGGACAUCUCCUCAACAACCAAUUCGUCGGCACCUGGGCCUGGGCUGCUGGAUACGGGAGAAUAAGUGACGAUUUUUCCGUGUCGAACACCAGGAAGAACCAAGUGCCACUCCAGGUGAUCACAAACGCUGCCUGCGCCCAGGUAUAUGCUGCGAACAAUAUCCUCCCAUCGACGUUCUGCGUGAACACGGCUGGUGGACGCGGCACUUGCCUCGGAAACUCCGGCGGCCCGCUGGCCUUCACAUACGCAGGACGACGCACUCUGAUUGGAAUCACAUCGUUCGUGGGUCGGACCUGCCAAGCGGGGCAGCCUGCUGGCUUCGCGAGAGUAACCUCCUUCGCCAGCUGGAUCCAAGCUAGACUUUAA